AUGGGGAAUGAGUGUGGGCGACCGCAUAGCUGGCCCACUUGUUUUUGCGAAAGGAAGCCGCGGAGGCUACGCGGUCGAGUUUUAAAAAACUGUGCUCUAAUCGUUACUUCCGCUUCCGGCCACUACCGGAAGUUCUCGUUAGAGUUUGCCGGGAAGAUGUCUCCCACCAUGGCGGCAGCCGCGACAGGCCCUGGUUCAGCAGCAGAGUUACUCUUACAGAAGCUGGACCUGGUGGCAGCUGACGGGGAAGCCGGACUCUGCAGCCUGGAAGCAGCAGCAGCGCUUGGCCUGGAGCACCAAGUCUUGGUCGGGGCCGUGAAGAGUCUUCAGGCGUUAGGAGAGGUGAUCGAGGCUGAGCAGCGUGCAUCCAAGAAGUGGGAGCUGACACCUGAGGGCAAAGAAAUUAUCCAGGAAGGGAGCCAUGAGGUCCGGGUGUUUAAUAGCAUCCCCUCUGAGGGUCUGCUUCAGAGUGAACUGAUGAAGCUACCAAGUGGAAAGGUGGGAUUCAGCAAAGCAAUGUCCAACAAAUGGAUCCGGCUAGACAAGAGCUCAGAAAAUGGGCCUCGGAUAUUCCAGGCAGUGGAAUCUGUUCAGGACACUGUAAGGGAGAAGCUGCUCCAGGUUCAGAAGGGAGAGGCUGACUGUUUAGAGGAGAAGGAUAAAAACGAACUGAAGAAACGAAAACUCCUAACAGAAGUGACCAUUAAGACAUAUUGGAUUAAAAAAGGAAGUGCUUUUAGUACAACUGUUGCCAAGCAAGAAACAGAUCUUACACCAGAGAUGAUUGCCAGUGGUUCUUGGAGAGAUUUGAAAUUCAAGUCUUACAACUUUGAGGCACUGGGUAUUAUGCCUGAAAGCGGCCAUCUCCACCCACUGCUGAAGGUCCGCACUCAGUUUCGGCAGAUUUUCCUUGAAAUGGGUUUCACAGAAAUGCCCACCAAUAAUUUCAUUGAGAGCUCCUUCUGGAACUUCGAUGCCCUCUAUCAACCACAGCAGCACCCAGCCCGAGACCAGCAUGACACUUUCUUUAUGAAGGAUCCUGCUGAAGCAACUGACUUCCCCAUGGAUUAUUUGAAGAGGGUAAAGAGAGUGCAUUCACAAGGAGGUUACGGUUCUCAGGGUUACAAAUAUGAGUGGAAACUGGAGGAGGCUCGGAAGAAUCUUCUUCGGACACACACCACGGCUGUCAGUGCCCGGAUGCUCUAUCAACUGGCACAGCAGGAGAAGUUCACGCCAGCCAAAUACUUCUCCAUUGAUCGUGUCUUCAGGAAUGAGACAUUGGAUGCUACACACCUGGCAGAGUUCCACCAGAUUGAAGGUGUGGUGGCUGAUUAUAACUUGACACUGGGGGACCUCAUGGGUGUCCUGAAGGAAUUCUUCACCAAACUGGGAAUCACACAGCUGCGUUUCAAGCCUGCUUACAAUCCAUACACAGAGCCCAGCAUGGAGGUUUUCAGCUACCAUCAAGGAUUAAAGAAAUGGGUGGAGGUGGGCAAUUCAGGAGUCUUUCGCCCAGAGAUGCUGCUGCCUAUGGGCCUGCCAGAUGGCGUGUCUGUCAUUGCCUGGGGGCUGUCUCUGGAACGACCCACCAUGAUCAAGUAUGCCAUCAAUAACAUCCGGGAAUUAGUUGGCCACAAAGUCAAUCUGCAGAUGGUAUAUGACAGCCCAAUUUGCCGUUUGGAUGCCUAGGUUUUAGAGACCUGCUGCUCUCUUCAAAUCUCCUUAUUUAUUGCCACUGCUUUUUGCUGGAACAGGCCAGUCAGGCCCAUCCUCCACGUUGCUUGCUCCUGUAGGGAAAGUAACAAGACCAAAGUAACAAGACACCCCAGUCUUCAUUUAGCAACAUCUUUUGGAUCAAGAUUGAAUGGACUGUCCUUGUUGCAGCCUUAUUUAUACACACAUUAAACAUGUCUCAACCUGGAAUUGGACUGUGGUAAUUCAAAUGAAUAGUGGCAAUUCCAGCGUUCUGGUUUCCUUGUAAUGCAACUGGGCCAUCUUGCCAUCAUGGUCUUUGGAAUGAAAAACCUUUUGAUCUUUCACUACCUUCUUUCAUCAUUUCAGUAAAGUUCUGAUACUUUUGAUGAUGAAAAAAAGGAGCAGCUGCUUGACUGAGGAUUGGUAACCACUGAUUAUGAACUAAAAUCUCCUGAUUAAUGACCAUAGAGAAAGUUCCAGAAGGACAGUAUCUAGGCUGGUGUUAAAAGGUGGAAUCACUACAACAAAACAGUCCGCUGCUUGUUCACACAUUUAGUCUGCCUCUUUUUGCUUGGAUGCUAUUAUGAUUCUUUUCCUUUCAGCUCUGGAAGCCUUGUUCUGGAUAACCUUGUUCUGAAAGGCUGUUUUGCCUUCAACUUUGUAGUUCCAGCGUCAUCCAUGGAGCUGCUUCUAGGGUUAUCUGUACUUCCUCAGCCUGGGAUGUGGAGCAGGUGCAGGUAGGAGUCCUGGUCAAGAGUGAGGGCUGGAAACUUGAAACAUUUGGGGGCUCUGGUUCUUCCUUGUCUGGAUCCUCAGGCUGUGGCCCCAACAGGCAGUCUAGAGAGACAAAUUGAAGAGAACAUAUCAAGCAGCCGCAGAGUUACUCUGUUUUAACCUAGUCUUUGUUGAGUGGUAGCAGUAAAGGUGACCCAUAGCCACAUCACAUAAUUGGCACACUAUACUGUAGAUAAUUUGCUACAAUAAAGGGAGUUGGUAGAUUGGUCGUAACAAAAUAAGGACAACUUGCUGUGAUAGCUUCUGAUUUUCAUGGCAUCGAAGUAUUUCUUGCAACUCAGUGUUUUACAAGUUCCAUAUUAUAGUCAUUCCCCAUGCUUGAAUAUAGCAUGUAAGUUAAUGGAAAGCAGGGGUCAGGAUAAUUGAUUUGAAUUCCUAGCUGUGCAGUAGUAAAACUUCAGAAUUUAAUGGUUGUAGCUCGUUGGCAGUUAUAAACUUAGUUUUGUUGCUAUGGCACUUGAAGGACAAAUUCUAGCUGUUUCCUGCUACAUUUAGGGGGGGGGGGGAGCCUGACUUUUGGAGGAGGGGAGUCAGGAAUUCCAGAAAAUCUUAGAAAUGCUUUGUAGCAGAGAGCUAUCGAAAAACAAGGAACCGAUCUCCAGUGUUAAAGGGAAAGCAAAACAUAUCAGCCAUUGGUUAUCUUUUUCAAAUAACCUAAAACAACUCAGAAAUCCAGAGCCUGUGUGAUAUCAUCUGUUCUUGACCACAAAAAAUUAAAAUCAAACCCAUUGUGAAAA